GUGGAAUCGGAAGUGCUGGCAGCGGGGCGUAUCCGUCCGCGACCACGGCGGGGGCGCCGUGCCCUUUGCCAUGGAGGAGUCUGGGGGCCGAGAGCCGGUACUAGAUGCUAAGUCCGAAUUGUGUUUUCUGCUUUCGUUUCAGGUCACCAGCCAGCUUAUAGAUUUUCAGUGGAAACUCGGUAUGGCUGUGAGCUCGGACAGCUGCAGAUCACUUAAGUAUCCUUAUGUUGCAGUAAUGCUAAAAGUGGCAGAUCACUCUGGCCAAGUAAAGAACAAGUCCUUUGAAAUGACAAUUCCUCAAUUUCAGAAUUUUUACAGACAGUUCAAGGAAAUUGCUGCUGUUAUUGAAACUGUGUGAAACUCUGGUUGAUACAGUCCUAUCAUCAUUUGAAAAUUAUGGACUCAACUUUCUGCAAAAGAACUACCUAAGGACCAAAUGAUAUUUAUCAAUGAAAAUAUUACUUUCCACUUUUUAAAUAAUAAAAAAAGGAUAAACAGGAAA